UUGUGUGGCAAUGGAGCCCAAAUUCAAGCCGCGAGUUCCAGCUCGCGGGAGGCGAUCGGAGGCCAGCGCCAAUGCUUCCAGCGUCGCGCAGCCCCCACCACAGGUGAAGAUCGAGGAUCGGCCUCCAGUGAUCGACGAGGAUACAAUGGAGAUCGAUGUCAAGCCGGAGCCUCUGGAUUUCAUCCUCGAUGACGAGGAAAUGGAUAUCAAGGUAAAAAUGGAGGAUGGAGCUGUGGUCUGGGAGGGGAUGGAUGGAGCUGGAAGCAGUGUUCCAGAGGAAGUGACGAUGGAAUCAGUGGCCGAUAUCGUGGAGGAUGGAGAUACAGUGGUGAGAGAGAUCGAGGUCCAUAUUACUCCUACAGCCGAUCCAGACACCAAGUUCUAUCUUCUCCAAUAUCCUCUUCGACCGUAUUGGAGACCUUACGAGUUGGAACAACGAUGCGAAGCGGUUCGCGUGAAGCACCAACACCAGAAACUCGAGGUUGAUCUUCAAGUCGAUCGGUUUGGAGACAACUAUGAUGACGCCGCGGACGACCAUCUCCGAAUCGCUAAACAGACGUUAACUUCUACUCAAGGCAACCUCUCGACGAACUAUGCCAUUGGAAUUCUGCAAGGGAACAAGCUCCACUUGAAUCCGUUGCAUGCGAUUGUCCAACUUCGUCCGUCGUUGAGUUAUCUAAACGAAGCUGAUGAGCAGAAGAAAAAAAAUAUCACUCGCGUUGAAAGUGAUGACGAGAUGCCCGACGCUGAGGAAGGGGCUGCUACUGAAAAGAAACCAGAGCCUGUGGCUUUUAAGGUGGAAAUAAAGAAACAAGAGACAGAGCGUCAGCAGCAAUCUAGAUUGAUGUCAUACGCGCAUCUGAAACAACUUGAGGAGGCCGAGGCGUGGAUCACACUUGAGCCGCAUGGGUUAGACAGUCCUGUAACCAAGGAAAUCAAAAUGAAAAUGAAGUCCUCCGCAAACAAUCUCAUCCGCUUCGACAUGUCUCGGAAUGAAUAUAUGAAGAAACUGGUCCCUGGUCGUGCGCCUUCGGCUGCAGCGUCACAAGCCGUGCCAGGACUAGGAAAAGAGCCUCUCUCGAAAAGCUAUUUGGAUACUUUGCCGCUGGACAAGAGAUUGCACGCUGUCUUGUCUCAGGGUCGAGUACAUGUGCUGCAAUUCGAAAGACUUAUGAAGCUGGCUCCGGCAGGUUGCACGGAGGAGGAAGUUCUGGAUGUUCUCCAAAAAACAGCUUAUCUGGUGCAAGGCUGCUGGGUGGCAACGAGUAAUAUGCGCUACACAGGUGGUCGGUGUGCGAUUCGAGACUAUAUCCUCCUACAGUUUGUCAAGAACCGGGUGGUCAGUCGUGAAACUCUCGAGCAACUCAGGGUCUCUAAGGAGAUUUUGCGGGAGAUACUUGUUCCUCUCGCAGUGCAAAACAUCAAGACAGGCGGCUGGGAGUUCAUCGAAAGCACAGACAAGACUUUUAUCAAGCGUCAUAACUCCAUCGCCAAAGAUCAGCUCCAACGCUGGACUGCAGGAGAUAAGCUCAUUAGCGACAGGGCUCUAGCCGUCCAACAAAUGGGGUCUGGCAAGGCAAUGGGUGCUAAGCCAGGCAGCGGCCUUGCAGCAAGCACAGGCAUUCCACCGAGGCCCUCAACUUCGUCGAGCAUGGCACCGGAAACGCUUGCUGCUCUACCGGACGCACUCACGCAAAUCUUUCUCAAACACCAUGUGUGCACGCUGCAAUUCAUCUGUCACUGCCUGCGUGAAUCGGCAAUCACAAAAUCUCAAGCAGACAACGUUAAAGUCGAGGAGAAGGCCUCGGCAGUAGCAGCUGCCAAAGGAGCGUCGGCGCCAGUGGCCGAACUAACAGCAAUUGUGGACACCAUUGCGACGAACAUCAACGGUGUUUACUUCCUAACUCAGCUCGGAGAUCCCACUCAAGACCCUUUUAGGGAAGUGGUCAUCGCGUUACUGAAGCAAAAGUCCGCUGGCUUGCAAAGAUCAGAGAUCAUGGAAGCGUUCAAGCUGGCGUUACGUAAAAUGCCGUCGAAUCAACUUUACCAAAAGGUACUCAAAAGCUUACAAAACUUCCCAUACUUGAUCUCUGUGCUCCAGAUAAUGAAGGAACUUUGCUACACGAGAGGUGCUACUUGGGUGCUGAAAACUGGCGAUGGUCGUCCAAGCUAGCAGAGGCCGAAAAAGAGGAAAUUUUGGUAGGAAAGAUCAAUGAUCUUCGGAUGUAUUCUCUCCUCCAGCUGCUGGGGGAGGUAAAGUGACUUGACUUCCCACAUCAGCUGGAGCAUAGCCGAGAAAUAUAGCUGCUUCGUUCACCA